UUUGCCUAGACUGGAUACAGUUUGUGUCAGAAUUGACAAGAAUGGACUUUUCGUAGGUUAGGAGAAGUCACACAGGUUACGAUAAUCAAUGUCACAGGUUAGGAUAAUUAGGUCAAGGUUAGGUUAAAAUAAAUCUACUUUUGACGUAUAUUUGACAUAAACUGCAUCCCAUCUAGCGAUGAGCAAUACUGUGGUACUGAAACGUCCAGCUGCACAGAUCAGGAACAAGGAAGACACAUCGCUACUAGAUACCAUGCAUAUUUGAAGUGUGCCUGUACUAUCGGCAGGGAUCAGAUAGAAAGGUUGAACAAGUUACGGACCUCACGCUGCUUCAGAACGCAAGCUUGGUCUCGAACAGUAAAGCCGGUGGCGCGAUCUGUCGCGAUGUUGUAAACCAUGGACAGCAGAAUAAACGAGAUUCCCGAAAGGACGUUUGAUUUGGUACUACAGAUUGCAUGCCCAACAUCUGAAAAUGAAGAUCCUGCCGUGCUGUGGAGCUUCCCCCAGGACUACACAGACCAGGAGUUUCUCCAGACGAUACCCAAGUUCUGCUUCCCCUUCGAUGUGGAGAGGGUUUCGCAGAGUCAGGUGGGCCAGAACUUUACCUUUGUGCUGACGGACAUCGAGAGCAAGCAGAGGUUUGGCUUCUGCAGACUCACUUCCGGCUGCCGUGUCUGCAUCUGUCUGCUCAGUUAUCUCCCCUGGUUUGAGAUCUACUACAAGUUCCUGAACACACUAGCAGAUCACCUAACCAAAAACCAGGAGAAUGAGCUGAAUGACAUGCUGAACUCACUGUACAGUCUGCCGGUGCCAAAGCCCUUCACCCCAGUCAACCUGAGUGUGCACUCCUACUUCAUAGCCCCAGAUAUCAACGGCUUGCCCACAAUCCCCGAGAGUAGGAACCUGACAGAGUAUUUUGUGGCGGUGGACGUCAACAAUAUGCUGCAUCUGUACGCCAGCAUGCUGCACGAAAGACGCAUCAUCAUUACCUCAAGCAAGCUUAGCACUUUAACUGCGUGUGUCCACGGCUCUGCUGCCAUGUUGUUCCCCAUGAACUGGCAACACAUUUACAUCCCUGUACUGCCUCCACAUCUACUGGACUACUGCUGUGCCCCCAUGCCAUACCUUGUGGGAGUUCAUCUCAGUCUGCUAGAGAGAGUGCGCAGCAGGUCACUGGAGGAUGUAGUGAUUCUGAAUGUGGACACCAACACACUGGAGAGCCCCCAGGAUGACCUGCAGAACCUGCCCAGCGACGUGGUCCACUCUCUGAAGAGUAAGCUAAAGAAGCAGUCGACAUCAACAGGAAGCGGAGUUGCAAGGGCCUUCCUCCGGGCUCAGGCUGCUCUGUUUGGAUCCUACCGAGAUGCCCUCCGAUACAAACCUGGGGAACCAGUCACGUUCUGCGAGGAGAGCUUUGUGGCUCACCGCUCCAGCACCAUGAGAAACUUCUUGGAGAUGGCGGUCAACCUGCAGCUCUUCAAACAGUUUAUUGACGGCCGGCUGGCCAAGCUGAAUGCAGGCCGAGGCUUCACUGACCUGUUCGAAGAGGAGAUCAGUGAGGGAGGCUUCUGUGGAAGUAAUUCCAGAUCUUAUCAACAGUGGGUGCACACCGUCAAGAGAGGCGGCGUGCUGAUCAACACUGCAAUGACUAAGGCAAGUCCAGCUGUGAAAACGGCCUACAGAUAUGCAAGUCUGGAUCAGUAAAAUAUUCCCAAUCAGACCUGGGUCAAAUACGUCCAAUAUGUUCAAAUACUAGAGCUUCUCUUGAUUUAGUUUGGAACCAGUGGAAUAGUACCACAAGUGCAAACUCCAAGCUAAAUCAAGCACACCUCAAAUACUUUCAUAUUGGACACACACAACAUGAAAACAUAACCUUAAAAUGUGUAUUAAGUCAUACAGGUUCUCACUCUGAAUAUCCGAAAGGUUGUAGUUAGCUGGUAAAUGUCAUUGUUCUACUAGGACUGUGUAUGUAUAUGCAUGCGUGUGAUGCCCUUUCCAACUUUAGUCUUUGUCCAU